GUUUAUAUAUAUUUCACCACGAGGUGUCAGAGUUUUAACAGCUCGCGCAGCUCAGUGCGCAGAGGAAACACUGAAGUCAAAGCACGAACGAAUACUGUUCAAAAUAAAACCCUCCUCGACCUCACCUUUCUGUAGAAGUCCGAUCAGAGCAGGGGAGGCUUUUAUUUGUAAGGCACCUUUGCCUAACCGGAAGUCUUAUUUUGUAGGUGUCUGCAUCAGCUUGACGCAUCUUUCAUGGCAACAUUUAGAGGCUGAGCCACGCGUGACACACCAGCACUUGUGUUUGUGUGUGUUACUACAUGAUGACAGCUGCUACGCACUUGGAGACACACGGUCACGAUGUGACAUUUGGCCACGCGUAAUUUGCGCAUUUGGAGAGCGGUACGCACGGUGAAUGCGCCGCUGUGCGUGCGAUGAUUUGACUGUUUCUGUGCCUGGUGCUGUUGGAGUGAGUCCAGGGAUGCUGCGGCUUAUCUGGCUGCCGGAGUGCCUUCGCGCAACGAGGGGCUGCGCCCUCCACAUUUGCUGAGCAGGAGUGGCGCGGAUCUGGCGUUUCUGCGCGUUUGCCGACCUUAUGAUCUGACUCGCGCUAUGGAUCACUCCCGGGACAUUUAAGCAUCUCCUGCGGUGAUAUCGCUCGCUGCUGGGACUGUUGGAGUGCGUGUCCUUCCCAGGCUGCAACAUGGGGAACAGUUUUUCCAAUUUGGGUGCCUUCCAGUCCUUGCACAUAGUCAUGCUCGGCUUGGACUCUGCGGGAAAAACCACCGUGCUGUACCGGCUGAAAUUCAACGAGUUCGUCAACACGGUGCCCACCAUCGGCUUCAACACGGAGAGGAUCCGGCUGGGCGGAGCGGGGGCCUCCAGGGGCAUCAGCUGCCACUUCUGGGACGUCGGGGGCCAGGAGAAGCUGCGGCCCCUGUGGAAGCCCUACAGCCGCUGCACGGACGGCAUCGUGUACGUGGUGGACUCCGUGGACGCCGAGAGGCUGGAGGAGGCCCGCACCGAGCUGCACAAGAUCACCAGGUUCUCGGAGAACCAGGGGACCCCGCUGCUCGUCAUCGCCAACAAGCAGGACCUGCCCCGGGCGCUGGAUGUCGGGGAGAUAGAGAGGCAGCUGGCUCUGGCGGAGCUCAGCCCCUCCACCCCGUACCACGUCCAGCCGGCCUGCGCCAUCAUAGGAGAGGGGCUGGAUGAGGGCAUGGACAAGCUGUACGAGAUGAUCGUGAAGAGGAGGAAGUCACUGAAGCAGAAGAAGAAGAGGCAGUGACCGCACAUUCUCCUUACUAUAUAAAUAUAGAACUUUGCAGAGAUAUAUAGCAUUAAUAUCAUCAUUGAUCACCACUGAAACAUUGCAAGUCUCCAUAUAUACAGAAAUAUAUUUAUAGUGAUGCUAAGACAUAUUGUCACUUUAAACUCAUUAGGGUAUUUGGUUGUACAUGAAUGUGAAAGAGCGACAUAAAGAAGACAAAGCUGUCGAAACUCCAUUUAGCAGAGAAUUAGAUAAGUAUAGAUAUUAAUAACAAAACAAUCUAAAUAAUCUUACAUGUAUUGUUCAGCAGAUUCAACCUCUCCCUGAGUGAGUCCCUGAUGUAGGAUAAAGCUUUAUAAAGCACGUGGAUCUGCAGAGCGCCCUGUUGCACAGAUGUGUGUGUGAGUGUGUGAGUGCUGCAGGAUGCACUGAUGCUGGGAGGUGGUGUUACACCAAAGAUGAUGAAGAAAGCUCUUCCAUCCAUCCGUCAUUGUUAAGUCACGUACAACCCUCGCUGCCUCUCUGAGGUGAACGUGAAGUGAAACUCUUCGUUUAGGUUCUGCUCAGUCUAAAUGUUCAUGUUCAGUUAAGACGAGACUCUGCAGGUGAGGAGGCUCGAAGUUUAACUGAUGCACAUCAUCACGUUACGCACGUUAAGACGCUUCUUCUUCACGUUUUCUGGAAUUUAUGUUUAAAUAUGCAAAUGAGGCUUUCUCUUAUUAAAUAUGUGCUGGUUUGCAGAAAAGUGAAGUCUGGAUGAAGCAGAAGUGUUUCAUGUUGUUCACAUGUCAAAGGUUUGUACAG